AUCGCAACUCUGAUUGCCCUAAACACCACACUGCCCUUGAUAUUCUUCUGAAACUUCCUCCUUGCGGUCCGCUAUAUAUGUAAGCACCUAGCGUGAUAGUUCACUCUUUAUCUCAAGUUCAUAUUGAGUUAACACGUGGCGUUAAAAUGCUACUUACCGCUUUAUCGAGUCGGGUCAAGCUCAUUUCGGGAUGUUCGUUGGCGUUUACCGCCGCUCGGAUGUAUUCUACUGCCCCGGCAGCCACUAACCCUGUUGUCUACUUUGACAUUGCUGCAGACAACCAGUCUCUCGGAAGAGUAACCUUCGAGCUGAAUGCUGAUGUGGUGCCAAAAACUGCAGAGAACUUCAGAGCCCUGUGCACAGGAGAACAUGGCUUUGGCUACAAGGGAUCCGUCUUCCACAGGGUCAUCCCUCAGUUUAUGUGCCAGGGGGGAGACUUUACUAAUCACAAUGGAACAGGAGGGAAGUCUAUCUAUGGAACCAAAUUCGAAGACGAGAACUUCAAGCUGAAGCACACAGGACCUGGCAUUUUGUCAAUGGCCAACGCUGGGCCCAACACCAAUGGCUCUCAGUUCUUCAUCUGCACCGACAAGACAGAGUGGCUGGAUGGCAAGCAUGUUGUGUUUGGCAGUGUGACCGAGGGACUGGACGUGAUCAGGAAAGUGGAGUCGUUCGGAUCCCGUUCUGGGCGCACCUCCAAGAGGAUCACCGUCGCAGACUGUGGAGAGCUUAAGUAGCCUUUUCGAGCGUCCCAAAUGGCACCCUAUUCCCUAUAUAUGGGGCUCUGGUCGAAAGUAGUGCACUAUAUAUAUAUAUAGGGAACUGGGAUGCAGGUAUGGAGCGGGCGUGAUGGUUUCUAACCCCCUACUGUGAUUUCAAUGUGUUUAAAAUGGUCUACAGUGGAUCUACUGUUCAGAAUCCAGAUUGUAGCACAGGCAGCCCAAUUAUUGGCAAAAUAUCUGAUUGAUCAGAAUAGGGCUGCCUCUUUAAACACGGCCGUCGUGUCUGUGCUGAGUGUUGACAAUAGUGUAUUGUUUUUCAGGGAUAUUGUGUCAAACACUGUUUGGGGGGGAGGGGAGUGGGUGGAGGCUGGGGUGGAGAAUGUUAUGCUUAUUCUGUGGUUGAUCUUUUUCGAUAAAGGAUUUCCACCACACAUUUACUGGGCCAGUGCUAAGCUUAACUCAUCCAAUGUGAACGUAUCCGAUUUAAACAGGUUGAUGUCUGUGUGUACGCAUCAGCCAACCAGUUUGUUUGUAAAAAGACGAUGAUUCUGGAAAGCAACAAAAAAUUUGCAACGGGGACCGGCAGUAACAUCUGGAAUAAAAGUCAUACGUUUUACAUAACGUCAGACGG